CCACAGAGAUCGCUGGCUGAAAUCGAGGAUAUAAUCCUCCGGAAGAUACUUUAUGUAACCCUAACGGAAUCAGCUGAUUCCGAUCCUCGUAUUGUUUACUUGGAGAUGACAGCCGCUGAGGUUCUCAGCGAAGGUAAAGAGCUUUUGCUUUCUCGUGAUCUGAUGGAGAGAGUGCUCAUCGAUCGUCUCUCCGGCGACUUCUCAUCCGCCGAGCCGCCUUUCCCUUACCUACUCGGCUGCUACCGUCGUGCUCACGACGAAUCGAAGAAAAUCCAGUCUAUGAAGGACAAGAGUCUUAGAUCGGAGAUGGAGAUUGUCACUAAACAGGCCAAGAACCUCGCUGUUUCUUACUGUAGGAUUCACUUGGCCAAUCCCGACAUGUUUGGCAACGCGGAUACACCUAGCGGUGGACUUGAUACUAAGCUUAAGAAGAAGAACAAGUCUCCUGUGCUGCCUUUGAUCUUCGCCGAGGUUGGUUCUGGUUCGUUGGAUAUGUUUGGAAGUAGUAGCAGUGGGGUUCAAGCUCCUCCGGGGUUUUUGGAUGAGUUCUUCAAAGACUCGGAUUUUGAUAGUUUGGACCCAGUUUUAAAGGAGCUUUACGAGGACUUGAGGUCUACGGUUAUCAAUGUAUCAGUGCUUGGAGAUUUCCAGCCACCAUUGAGGGCACUCAAGUAUCUUGUUAGCUUACCUGUUGGAGCUAAAUCUCUGGUUAGUCAUGAGUGGUGGGUUCCACGGGGCGCCUAUAUGAACGGUAGAGCCAUGGAGUUGACAAGCAUUCUCGGCCCUUUCUUCCAUAUUAGUGCACUGCCUGAUAAUACGCUUUUCAAGAGUCAACCUGAUGUUGGGCAACAGUGUUUCUCUGAAGCAUCGGAACGUCGUCCCGCAGAUUUAUUAUCAUCCUUCUCCACAAUUAAAAAUUUUAUGAACAUAUUGUACAGCGGGUUGCAUGAUGUACUGAUGAUUUUACUUAAAAGUACGGAUACCCGUGAGUGUGUUCUACAGUUUCUUGCAGAGGUGAUCAAUGCCAAUGCGUCCAGAGCCCAUAUGCAGGUUGAUCCAGUCUCUUGUGCUAGCUCAGGCAUGUUUGUUAACCUCAGUGCAGUAAUGCUCCGGCUCUGCGAACCAUUUUUAGACCCGCAUUUAACUAAAAGGGAUAAGAUUGAUCCAAAAUAUGCAUUCUGUGGCCAUCGCUUAAAACUAAGCGACUUGACUGCUCUCCAUGCAUCAUCCGAAGAAGUUUCUGAGUGGAUUGACAAAGAUGCUACGACAAGCGCAAAUGGUGCUGGGCAAGAAAACGGGAACGAAAGUCGCUUGUUACAAUCCAAAGAAGCCACAAGUUCUAGUAGUAAUGCUUCUGGGCAAAAUGCAAAGUCAGCAACUAAAUAUACUUUCAUUUGUGAAUGCUUCUUUAUGACUGCAAGGGUCCUUAGUUUGGGUCUCCUAAAAGCACUCUCUGACUUUAAACAUCUUGCUCAGGACAUCUCGAGAGGUGAAGAUAAUCUUGCACAACUAAAAGCCAUGAGAGAUCAAGCACCUUCUCCACAGUUGGAACUUGAUAUAUCCCGAAUGGAAAAAGAACUAGAGCUAUAUUCUCAGGAAAAGCUUUGCCAUGAGGCCCAAAUAUUGAGGGAUGGCGAUUUUAUUCAGCGAGCUCUGUCUUUCUAUCGCCUAGUGGUUGUUUGGUUAGUUGGACUAGCUGGUGGCUUUAAGAUGCCUUUACCGUCAACUUGUCCCAUGGAAUUCUCAUUUAUGCCUGAGCAUUUUGUUGAAGAUGCAAUGGAGUUACUGAUAUUUGCUUCAAGAAUUCCCAAAGCUUUGGAUGGUGUACCACUGGACGACUUUAUGAACUUCAUAAUUAUGUUCAUGGCAAGUCCUGAAUAUGUUAGAAACCCGUAUCUCAGAGCAAAGAUGGUUGAAGUUCUGAACUGCUGGAUGCCUCGUUCAAGUGGUUCUUCAUCUGCUACAUCUACUCUUUUUGAGGGGCAUCAGUUAUCGCUCGAGUAUCUUGUCAGGAAUUUACUGAAACUAUAUGUGGACAUUGAGUUCACGGGUUCACACACUCAGUUCUAUGACAAGUUCAAUAUUCGCCACAACAUUGCCGAGCUUUUGGAGUAUCUCUGGCAGGUGCCUAGUCACCGGAAUGCUUGGAGACGGAUUGCAAAAGAUGAAGAGAAGGGCGUGUACUUGAACUUCUUAAACUUCUUAGUCAAUGAUAGCAUCUAUCUUCUAGAUGAGAGUCUUAACAAAAUUCUCGAGAUUAAACAAAUCGAGGCAGAGAUGUCGAAUACUGCAGAAUGGGAGCAGAGACCAACUCAAGAGAGACAGGAGAGAACAAGACUUUUUCAUUCUCAGGAGAAUAUUGUUAGAAUCGACAUGAAGCUUGCAAAUGAAGAUGUGACAAUGCUUGCAUUUACAUCCGAGGAGAUCACUGCCCCUUUUCUACUCCCUGAGAUGGUUGAGAGGGUUGCAAAUAUGCUUAAUUACUUCUUGCUACAACUCGUGGGUCCACAGCGUAAAUCAUUAAGCUUGAAAGAUCCCGAGAAGUACGAGUUCCGUCCAAAACAGUUGCUUAAACAGAUUGUUCGCAUAUACGUUAAUCUCGCUAGAGGAGACUCAGAAAACAUAUUCCCUGGUGCCAUAUCCAGUGAUGGCCGAUCAUACAACGAACAGUUAUUCAACGCAGGAGCAGAUGUGCUUAGGAGAAUAGGCGAAGAAGGAAGAAUCAUUCAAGAGUUUAUGGAGUUAGGCACAAAAGCCAAAGCUGCUGCUUCUGAAGCUCUGGAUGCUGAAGCUGCACUUGGCGAAAUACCUGACGAGUUCCUUGACCCAAUUCAGUACACACUAAUGAGAGAUCCAGUGAUACUUCCAAGCUCAAGAAUCACAGUUGAUCGACCCAUCAUCCAACGUCAUCUUCUCAGCGACAAUCAUGAUCCAUUUAACCGAGCACAUUUGACAUCGGAUAUGUUGAUACCGGACAUCGAGUUGAAGACGAAAAUCGAUGAGUUUGUUAAGUCGUAUCAGUCUAAGAAACGGACAACAAGUGGAGAAGAUAGCAGCAACAAGGAGAGGAUACAGACUACAAGCAGUAAUAUGUUAAUUGAUUAAUUUAUGUGUUCCAAACAAAAUGAUAACAGAGGCAGCAGAAACACUCUUUUCUAAUACUUUUGUUAGGUUUUCUUUUCUAUUAGAAUUGUGACUUAAUAUUAUGUCUUAAGCUUGUUAAUUUAUGUCUUAGGGCAGUUUCAUG